GGCAAGCUGUUUAUCUGCUCAGCUGUUGUGUGUGGCCUGACAAGAGACAGACAAAAGCAGCUGCCAGGAGGAAGGAAACCAAGGGUCUCUCUCUCUCUCAGGCUGUACCUUUCAGAUUUCAGAAUCCCCAACCAGCCAUGCUGCCUCGGGGAUUGUAAGAGUUGUAAGCCCACACACCUAAAAAAAAGAUUUCCAAAGACUUCAGAUAUCUAAUCUAAAAAUAAUGGAGCUGUGCAAUUCAACUGUUCCACUGGUACCACCCACCAAAUGGUGAACCCUACUAUUCCAGGGUUGGUUGUUACGGGCCUUCAAGUUAUUUUCAACUCACAUCAACCCUAAGCAUAUCCCUCAAGUGAUGCUUCAGCUUCCUCAGAGAAUGGGCUGGCAGGUGAUCUUCAUUUUCAGCUGGGUUUCUCUUUGUUUCCCUCUACCAAUCAUAAAUAAGAGGGACUUCCUAAUUGAAAAGGAGAAUGCCCGCCGUACGGGUGGCAACCUUGUGCUAGGAAGAAGCGAAGAGGAUGCCAACCAGAAGCUCAUGCAGCUCAAAGAAAAGGAAGUGACUAAAGCUAUGCAGACAGGGCUGUUUCCACCUAGCAUGCAUUUCUUCAAGGCAAAAGCCCUCAUUGAUCAAAGUGCUGUGUUCAGCAUCUUAAAAAAGAUGCCAAAAGGUGGUGCUUUGCACCUUCACGAUUAUUUUAUCCUGAGUGUUGACUGGCUGGUGUAUCAUGCCAGCUAUCUGCCUGAUUGUUACAUUUCCUUCUGCCCUUCUUGGACUGUCCAGUUUAAGUUCUCCAGCCCUCAUCCUCCCAUGGAUGUGCCACCUGAUUGCUCUGAGUGGGUCUUACUACAGACCUAUCGCAAGAAUCUGAACAAUGUGACUCAAUUUGAUAAGAGCUUGUUGGCAAAUCUGACACUAGUAACCGAUACUCCAGAGGUGACCUAUCCUUCUCAGGCUUUCAUUUGGAAAAGAUUUGAAAAGAUCUUCAUUGUUGCUUCUGGUCUAAUCAGCUAUGCACCUGUGUUUAAAGCCUAUUUUUAUCAGGCCCUGCUGGAGUUCUAUGAAGAUAAUGUACAGUAUAUUGAGCUGAGAGUUAUUCUGCCACCGGUUUAUGAGUUGGAUGGAAGCACACAUGACAAGUCCUGGUCUGUAGCAGCUUAUAAAGAUGUGGCCAGGCAAUUUGUAAAAGACCACCCUGAUUUUGUGGGUGCUAAAAUUAUAUACACGACACACAGAAACCAGACUGUCUCCCGAAUUAAAGAAGCUGUCCGUACAGCCAUUGCACUCAGAGCUGAGUUCCCAGAUACUGUAGCUGGAUUUGAUUUGGUUGGCUGGGAAGAUGGAGGACACUCUCUCUGGGAAUUGAAGGAUGCCUUGAUGAUUCCACGCAUUCUAGAAGAAGAUUUGCCAUACUUCUUUCAUGCUGGUGAAACAAAUUGGGAGGGCACCUCUGUGGAUAAAAAUGUAUUGGAUGCUCUGCUCCUGAACACCAGCCGGAUUGGCCAUGGAUUUGCCCUUCCAAAACAUCCAGCAGCUAUGAAUUUGUCUUUGGAGAUGGAUAUACCUAUAGAAGUCUGCCCUGUUUCUAACCAGGUGCUGAUGUUAGUAUCAGAUCUGAGGAACCAUCCUGCUGCUUUUUUGAUGUCAGAGGGUCACCGCAUUGUGGUUGCUUCUGAUGAUCCAUCCAUCUUUGGAGCAAAGGGGGUGUCGUAUGAUUUCUACGAGAUGUUUAUGGGGAUUGGAGGGAUGAGUGCUGAUCUGAGGACUUUGAAACAACUGGCAUUAAACUCUCUAAAUUAUAGCACCUUGCUACCUAAGGAGAGAGACAAAGCCCUGCAGAUCUGGCAAAAAAAGUGGGAAGAGUUUGUAGCUAUGGCCUCUGAUAUUAUCCCAGAGCUAGUGAGAGACAUGGUGGAACCAAGUCUUAGUCCCUGUUAUUAAGAAGCAAGAGGGCCUUUUAUCUUGAGGCUGUAGCAAGCUGGAAUUAAGAGGCGCUACAGCAAUCUUUCAACCUGGGACUUUGAUCAGAUGAUUGCUUAAAAGCAAGAGACUUAUUUUCCUGUCCCUUGUCCAUUUCUGUUCCUCAGUAAAGAGCUUUUUAAAAUUAUGCUGCCAAUGAUCAAAAUGACUGAAGGAAUACAAAAUGUACUUCUCAAAGGUGGAAUUAAAUGUGCUUGAACUCCAUCAGCUGUGAAUGAGUCCUCCUAAACUCUUCUUGUCACCUGGCUGUGGAUGCUUAGUGCAAACUUGGCUUAUUCAUUGCCUUAGCUGUAUUAUCAAAUGUGCCAUAGCAGCUUUUGGAAGAGACAAAAAGCUUUCUCUCAGGUUGGAAUGAUAUUAUGUUCUAAAGCUUUUAGGUAAACAUUACUAGUUAUCAACAACAUUUUACAGGACAUUCUAUAUGUAUUAUGUGAUUCUUUGCCAUGUGAAUUUUCAAGAACAAUAUUUCAUUCUUUCUAUAAUAUCAGGGAAAUUGCAGUUAUUAAUUAGCAGAAUCCAUUAAAAUAGACUAAUUAAAAUAGCAAUAUUUGGAGUUUGAAAUUAACUUCAUGUAGCAUUGACUGCAAACUGAGAAACUCCAUUUGUUAACAACAAUCAGAGGAUUUACACAAAUUGGUUUAUACCAGCUUCAAACCUUAGACGCACACUCACAAGGAUAUACAUACUGAAUCAACAAAAACAGCUGCCAUGAGGAUAGUGUUUUUUAGUAUAACCUACCUGGAUAUUAAGACCGUCUCUGUGCCAUCAGAGCUAUUAAAGCAGCAUUAGGAACAAAAAUGUGGAAGAUAGCUUUCUCAAAGACUGUAGAAUCUAGUAGUUGACAAAGACCUUCUUUGAUAUAUAUGUCUUUAGCUUGUUGGGCUGCUUCUGAUAAUCAAUGGUUUUAGUUUAGUUGGCUUGUAUUUUUUAUCUCCUUUUUAAAAAUAGUGAUUGUAAUAUAAAUCAGAUUAUUAUCUGCCUUUGGUAUACAGUUAGGGAGUAACAAUAGAAAUCAGUCAAUAGCAGCAAGCAAAUAACUAAAAUUUUAGAUAAAAUUAAACAGAUGUUAAUUUAAAUACACUGACUGGCAAAAAUCCUAACCAUAUCUGAGCCCAGAAAUGAAAUGCAAGCCCCAAAUCAAUUUUCUUAAAGUCCUGUUCCACUGAUACACAUUUAUUUAAAGAUAUAUUCUAUAUAUACUCGGCUAUAAGUCGACCUCAUGUAUAAGUUGAGGGCAGGUUUUGGGAACAAAAUUAUAGAUUUUGAUAAAUUGAGGUUAAAACUUAGGGGCAUGUAACAAAGGAUCUUAAGAUGAAGCAAUGGAAAACAGUGGCAAAGAACUUACAAAAUUCCAGCAGGUAAUAACUGUUUGCGUUCACAUUAAAGACUGGAUGGAUGAGAGAGCAGGAGGGAGGGCCAGUGGUUCCAUGACAAAUUACACUCUUGCCUUUCACCAAGGGAUGGUCCCUUUUUGAUCAGAGUCAAAGUACAGUACUUAUGUUGACCCUUGGAUAAGUUGACUUAGGUUUUUGGGGUUAAUUUUUUUGACCAAAAUUUCUAGACUUAUACAUGAGUAUAUACAGUAUAUACGUACAAAAGGUGUUUCAAUCUAAAUGCUGACACUGUCAUGCUGUAUUUUUCGUGCUGGAGCUCCAGAAGAGUGUAGUGUAGUGUGUGUAAAUUACAAUGAUAAUUGUAAGGCUCAGUGAUUAUUACAUCAAUAAUCGCUCUUUGAACACACCAUUGUUCCUUACAUCCAAUCAAAAUGUGGAAUGCAAAUUAGCCAGGGAUGGCGGGAAGAGGAAUGACUGGUUCACAUGUUAGACUAGCAUGGAAGAGGAGACCGAGUUGGAUCAUAAGGUAAGAAGGACUCAUAAUUGUAGUUCCAGUAGGGGACGGAAGUAGGGGGCUGCCUGAACCUAUCUAGUCCAUGAACCACGAAUGAGAUGGACAUGGAACUGGGAACUGACAGGGAAAUGGAGAGCUAGACUGAGAACAAAGUAGAUGAGAAAGUUUUAACUUUCCAGGAGUCGGGAGCCUAUGGCUCUCCAGAUGUUAGAUUGAUAAUAGGCAAUGCUGACUGGGGCAAAGAGGAGAGUUUCACCUUCAGGUUUUAAAACCCUGACUGUUCCUAAACUACUGUCUUGAUGUACAGUCAGCCCUCUGUAUCCACAGAUUCUUUAUCCACAGAUUCAACCACCCAUGGU